AUUGGGAGAGUCUGGGAGAAGGCUUUCUUUUGACCAUGGUUUGUUGGGAAAGCUGUUUUGUUUUAAUGUUUAAAGUUAAAGUACAGUGCAUGCAUUAAGGUUCUGAAAUGGCACUCUUUUUAACAUAACACUGUGGAAUGUAUUCUGAUUCAGUCUUUAUGUUUAGUACAAUGACAUAUUUCCUAUUAUCUCAACUGUUUGGUGAGAACUGGAGUAGCUGAUAGGAUGCCGCAUUGAUGUUCAUGCAAUGUAUCUGUAAAGGGUAUUAGAUAUGGCAGUUAUAAGUGUACUUUAAGAUAAUAUCGUUGCUUGAUGAUGCAUGUUGAUGAUAUUUUUUUUAAUUAUUCACUAAAUUAAGAGGGAACUACAAAUCAUUGCAUUAACUUGAUUAACUAUAUAUAGUAAAUCAAGUUAUAGUUAAUGCAAUGAUUUUUGGUUCUCUCUUAAUUUAUUGAAUAAUUGUAAACCAAACAUCAACAUGCAUCAUCAAGCAACGAUAUUAUCUCAAAGUACAGUUAUAACUGCCAUGUAUGUAUAUAUAUGUAUGUGUGCCAGUAAUUUUGGGGUAAAACACCAACGUUUCAGCAUCACUGUGCCUUUUUGAGGGUAAUUGCACACAUAAACAAGCAGAACUGCUACUGACUAACAUUGCAUAGAUGAUUUUGGGAGUGGUGGGAUGUUAUAAAAAAUCCGAUCUUGGUUCUCUGUGGAACUGAUGCUGUUCCACUGUGGCAUUUCUGAUUGGAUGGAUGUUUUUCUGGGACAUGCACUGACCAAUGAGAGAAGUUUUGCGUGUGUGUAUGCAUGAUAUACCUAACUACGGAUCAUUAUUCAAGAAAAUAUCAAAUACAAAAUGUGGACCCUAUAUCAAGGGAAGAUGGAAAGAAUAUUAAAAUUUAGAAGUAAUAAAAUAACUCCGUAUGAGUCUGACUAAUGCUUUAUCACCUGAUCUAUGGAGAUUACCACAUGCACCUCUUUUCUUUCAGAAUGAAAAACGAAAACCUUGACAUCAGUAUGAAAACAUUUCAAGGUAUCCCAAGAGAAUGAUACUUCUAUAGCUGCUCAACAACCAGAAGACAGAAAGGAUGUGGGUAACCAACGUUGUAGUUCUGUGCCUCCUGGCCGUUGCGGCCUCCGGAGAAGACAAGAAGAAGCUGAGCAGCCAUGCCACCACCAUGGCUGACAAGAGCACCAACCUGGCCUUCAGCCUCUACCACACGGUGGCCAAGGAGAAGGGCCUUGACAACAUCCUGAUAUCCCCUGUGGUGGUGGCCUCCUCCCUUGGCAUGGUGGCUCUCGGGGGCAAGGCAUCCACCGCUUCCCAGGUCAAGUCUGUCCUCAGCGCUGAUGCCCUGAAGGAUGAGCACCUGCACACAGGCCUGUCAGAGCUCCUGACUGAGGUCAGCGACCCCAAGACCCGGAACGUCACAUGGAAGAUCAGUAACCGCCUCUACGGCCCCAGCUCGGUCACCUUCGCCGACAACUUUGUGAAGAGCAGCAAGAAGCACUACAACUAUGACCACUCGAAGAUCAACCUCAGGGACAAGAGGAGCGCAGUAAACUCCAUCAACGAAUGGGCGGCCAAGUCGACAGACGGCAAGCUGCCUGAGAUCACCAAGGAUGUGCAGAAUGCUGACGGAGCAACGAUCGCCAACGCUAUGUUCUUCAAGCCUCACUGGGAUGAGAAGUUCCAUGAGAAGAUGGUUGACAACCGUGGCUUCCUGGUGACCCGUUCAUUCACAGUCUCUGUUCCCAUGAUGCAUCGCACCGGUCUCUAUAAGUUCCAUGAUGACACAGAGAACAGGUUGUUUGUGCUGGACAUGCCACUGGGCCAGAAGCAGUCCAGCCUGGUGUUCAUCAUGCCCUAUCACCUGGAACCCCUUGACAGGCUGGAGAAGCUGCUGACCCGCAAGCAGCUGGAAACCUGGAUGGGCAAGAUGGAGGAGAGGGCCGUGGCCAUCUCUCUGCCCAAAGUCAGCAUGGAGGUUAGCCACAACCUCCAGAAAACUCUUGGUGAACUUGGUCUGACCGACGCUGUGGACAAAACCAAGGCCGAUCUGUCCAACAUCUCCGGCAAGAAGGACCUGUACCUCUCCAACGUGUUCCACGCCUCUUCAAUGGAGUGGGACAUCGAGGGGAACCCCUUCGACACCAGCAUCUUCGGAAGUGAGAAGCUGAGGAACCCCAAGUUGUUCUAUGCUGACCAUCCCUUCAUCUUCCUGGUGAAGGACAACAAGACCAACUCCAUCCUGUUCAUCGGCAGAAUGGUGCGACCCAAAGGAGACAAGAUGCGUGACGAGUUGUAAUAGUUAAUGGACAGUUUGAGAGAUACGGUUACUGAUUGAAUCAGGCCAGGAAAUAGUAUGUGUAUUAUGGUUUGACUGUUACCCCAAGAACACAUUCCAAUAGGGCAUCUGUGGACUGAAUAUCUAGACCUACUAUUGUAUCAGACACAUUAAGCACUCCCCGGGAACAGGAGUAUAUACGUUCAAAUAAAUGCUGUUUGGCCUUUACAAUGCGCCAUAAUCAAUAACAUUGUCAGUCUGCAUUUCAAUACGUUUCAGGAAAAAUCCGAACACCACAAGUGCCUUUUUAGAGUACCUGAACAUUGAAUAGCAGACGACCCGACAGCAUGCUUAUAUUAAGUAUGAUCUCUCUGACUUUUGCCUUCCAUAAAAUCAGACAUUUUCCACCAUUCUUUUCACCAGCAUUGGUUUGGCUUCUCUCUCUUAUUGGGUUUGUGAUAUGCGUGAUUAGUUGCAUUAUCUUUAAUGUUUAAAGAGAAAAAGGUUUGUUGCACAAGUGUACUACAAGCUAAUUUCAUGUCAUACUAUUUUUCACUUUCCACCCUGCAAAUGACAUUUCUCAUGCUUUCAGUUGUUUUUGACCUCCCAGCUGCACUGCAACUGUUCCUCUGCAGUCUUUGAUUUGAUUGAAUUAUCUAUGCCGUUUGCCAACCAAACUGUAUGACUGUUGUAGGCAUUUACCACUAAACCUUGGAAUGUUGCCAUAAUGCAAUGUGGUGUCCUUUUUGACUCUUUUUUUUUUCAAUAAAAAGAAACCUAAAAUAAA